AGGCAGCCAAAGGUGUCUAUUUUUGCUACGUUAUUUCGGUGUAGCGGUGGGCAGGGUACCUGCAGAGCCUCGCGCGCCGCCAGUGUGGUGACAAGGUUGGCCGGCUCUCUCCUGCUCGCACUCUAUCUCUGCCGGGAUUGUACUUAAGAGACCACCAAGAUGUCCGACGAUGAAUCAGCUUAUUCGGAUGCCGAAGCAAGUGAGGGAGAGGAGGGCGAAGAACACCAAACUCAACAAGUGCGAGAGGAAGUGAAAGAGAAAAUAAGGGAAGAUGCAGAGGAGGAGGAGAGGAGGAAGAAGGGAGAUGAGGGGGCCAACUUCCUCAAGAACCGCCAACAGAUGAAAAUGUCUGAGCUGGACGAGCAGCUGGCGGAAUACAUCGCGGAAUGGAGGAAACAGAGAUCCAAGGAGGAGGACGAACUGAAGAAGCUCAAGGAGAAGCAGGCUAAGAGGAAGAUCCUCCGGGCCGAAGAAGAAAAGAAACUGACCGAACAGAAGAGAUCAGAGGAAGAUCGUAAGAUGCGCGAAGAGACUGAACGGAAACAGCGCGAGCAGGAGGAGAAGAGGAAACGUCUUGAGGAAGCCGAGAAGAAACGCCAGUCUAUGAUGAAGGGCUCUAGUGAGGAUGGUGUUAAGAAGUUCGGUUCAAAGGGAGGCGAUAAGCUCUCCAACAUCCAAGCGGCCAAGGGCGAGUUGGGCAAGACCCGCGAGCAGCUGGCCGAGGAGAAGAAGAUCGCUCUUUCCAUCCGAGUCAAGCCCCUCAACGUUGAUGGCAUUGGUUCCUCAAGCCUCCGAUGCAAGGCUGACGAAAUGUGGAAUCUCAUCAUUAAGCUGGAAACUGAGAAGUACGACAUGGAGGAGAGGAUGAAACGCCAGGACUACGACCUGAAGGAACUAAGAGAACGACAGAAGCAACAGCUCAGGCAAAAAGCCUUGAAGAAGGGCCUUGACCCCGAGGCACUCACUGGUAAACAUCCACCCAAGAUCCAAACAGCUUCCAAGUUUGAGCGUCGUACAGACAGAAGGACUUAUGACGACAAGAAAAAGCUAUUCGAGGGUGGUUGGGAUAUUGUUGUCAAGGAAGAAAUGGAGAAGAUCUGGAAAGAUAAAUAUGAAGAAUUUAUGCAAAGGACAAAGUCCAAGUUGCCCAAGUGGUUCGGUGAGCGUCCAGGCAAGAAGGCCAACGAACCCGAAUCCCCACAAGAGGAAGAAGUUGAAGAGGAGCUGGAACCUCCUCCACCACCAGAGCCUGAGGAGGAAGAAGAAGAGGAAGAGGAAGAGGAGGAGGAAGAAGAGGAAGAAGAAGAGGAGGAGGAGGAGGAAGAAGAGGAAGAGUGAUGAGUCGUUGUCUCUCUCCCACCACCACCUUCACCCACCUCUCAUACUCACUCUAUCGCGUCAUCUGUUUGUCACUGAUAAACAGCAACAACAAUACCUUCUCUGUCUUCUAUGGAGUCUCCAAGGAGUUGAUUUUUUUAGUUAUCAUUAUUAUUAUUGUAUCAUUAUAUAUUAUUAUUAUUAUUAUUAUUCGUUGGCGGUUUGUAGUAUAGCCUGUGGUUGUGGGGGAUUAUGUUAGGGUUAUUGUACUACCUGUCCUGGUAAACUUAGCUUUGGACGAAGCUUUAAGAUGUAUGGUAUCUACCUGGUGUUACCUGGUGAUGCCUGGUGACACUGGGGAGAUACCUGGUACCUACUCGGUGAUGCCUGGUACCUACUGGGUGAUACUUGGUACCUGCCUGGUGACCUGGGCGGCGGCAAAAGGCCUCUCCUAUAUCCGCCGCCUCCGUACAAACGUUGAGUCCCUCCCUCACCUCCUCCUUGACGCUACCAACCUUCAAAGGCUGUUCCAUCCCUCCCUCCCUCCCCCUUGGGCACCCGGGAGGGGCUCGGCGGCCCCCCAGCCCUCCGCGGGGCCCCUCCCUAGGCUCCUGAACCCGCCGGAGAACCAAGGAAGGAAGGGAGAGUCUCCACAGCAGCCACCAGAGGCUAGAGGGGCGUCAGGGAGAGCGUCUGUCCUAGUUACAACAUCAACACUGUAUAAAAGAACGACUUUGAAUUGGUCUCUAAUUUAUCUCUCCCGUCUUCGUGUUUUCUGUUGAUCGAGAAUAUUAUUAUUAUUAUCAUUAUUAUUAUUAUUAUGUUCCUUCUGCGAUAAUAGUUUCUUUCAAAAUAAAAAUGAUUAAGCUGAAA